GCUAGCUUCACAUAGGUGCUAGCUAGCACUAUCACCUUCAAACUACUUAGCACGUUCACAUACUUGUCAUUGUAUAAAGAAAGAGACGACCAUGGCGAAUUGUGACUAUUUACAAACUCAGCUAACAUCUGUUUUGAACUCGCUUGUUAAAAUUGCGGUCGUGGAACUACUGCGAAUUGUAGAGGAUAGCGCCGUUGAACUUCGUCUGGAGGUGUCCAAGAGUAAAUUUGAGAACGAAGCACUGAAAAUUGAGAACGAAUCUAACAAAAAUAAGUUACAGAGUUUGGAAGCAGAACUGUGGACAGCGGGAAAUCGACCAUGUUCCUUAUGUUAUCGUUGUGUUGGUAUUCCAGCUCGCGGUAAAGGUGGAUGCGUCAGUCCCAAAAGAGAUAAUGAUGCUGCUGGUCCUCCUAAUUCUUCAGAGGAGGACAAUGCAUCAUCAUGGCUGCAACAAUCUUCUCAUACCAUGGAAGAGACUACAGCAGCCAUGGAGAGGGAUGGGAUUCAAAUCGUUGUCAUUAAGAACGAAGCGGGGCAUGAAGGCACACAUCGGAAGAAGGACACACAGGCUGGAAUUUCAACAGAAGGUGAGCAGGCUUGUCCCAAAGUGGACAUGGUGUAUGGCAAGGAGUGGAGCCAAAGCUUGUGGCGAGACAGAGAUGCUGUCAAGGAGGACUCUGCAGGACCAUCGGUGACCCAUCGACAGUGGCUUACACCUGGGCAGUCAAGCUCUGUGGACUUACGAAAUCUGCGCCGGCGCCGAAGAGUAAGAACUCAACCGCAUCCGCAAAGGAGAGGGACCUACCUCAGGUAUACUCCCGAGCAAAGGGCCAAGAUUGCGCGGAUGUGCAUGGAGGUGGGUGCACAGAUGGCCGCAGCCAUGAUGUCUGAGGAAUUGGGAAGACGCAUCAGCCCCAACACUGUGAGGUCCAUGAGGAUCAGCUACGAACAGACGGUCGAAAGCAUGGGCGUCCAGAAAGUGGAAGACCUACCCCAUUUGAGGCCAUUCAGAACAGACAUGUUUGAUGAGGAGAUUACUCGCUUCGUAAUGGUGAGGAGAAGAGCUGGAGGUCAGGUUAGCCCGUCUAUGCUGAUGGUAGCCACACGAGACAUUGUGAUGCGCAGAAACCCGGAGAUGCUGGCAGAGAAUGGCGGUCAUAUCCUAAUCAGCACAAAUUGGGCCCGUUGUUGGCUCCGGCGGUUGGCAGGAAAUAGAAUCACGUCAAAGAGGUAGUGAAGAUAUUGCAGGAGUCCUCUACUGUUAGGACAGUGUUUUUACAUGAAUGACAAUUCCUCAUGUUUGUGUGUUGAAGUUAAGGAAGACGUGUAACAUUCCGUGUUGACUGGUGUCCAGUGUGGUUAGGAGAAUCUGCAUGCAGUAUGUAACCGGAUGCCAUUGUGCUGUGUUCUCUGAAGUUGGUGUUGGCAGUUCAAAUCUUUAGUAUUUACAUUUUCUGAAUAUUCAAACCUUUUGAAGCGAACUAUUCAGAUCAAUGCUUUUCAUAUAUUUUGUAAGGGGAUGGAUGGGUUUGGUGUUAUAACAAUGGUAUAUAACUUGGCUAAUGUAUUGUAUGAGGUAACCACAUGGUUUUGUUUGCUUUUUAUGUAUUGUGUAUAUUGAUGUGUGUGUGUAUAGUGUAAUUGAUGUUAGGGCUCACCUGCAAAAGAGACCAUGGUAUCAGCAUGACUCCCUGCUUAAAUAAAGGUGAAAUUAAAUCAACUGUAUUAGAAGUUUCUGAAAAUAAAUAUACACAAAAUCCUUA